AUGGGUUGCGGAAGCAGCAAAGAGAAGAAUGCGAGUAGGCCCACGGAGAUGGCGCGUCCGGUACAACUGGAUACACCGGGACAGCACGACGUAAAUAUUCCUGUAGCUGGCGAGGGUGCGACAGUCAAAGCAAGACGGUCUCCGGACAAUCCGAUAGUAUACUUUGACAUUGCCAUUGGAGGCGAACCGAUCGGACGCGUACAAAUGGAGCUAUUCCUCGACGUUGUGCCCGCAACAUCGGAGAACUUUAGGCAGUUUUGCACUGGCGAGUGCAAAGUCGGAGGAUACACGGGUAGCACUUUCCACCGUGUUAUCCCCAAUUUCAUGAUUCAAGGCGGCGAUUUCAUGAGGGGUGACGGUACCGGUAGUGCCAGUAUCUUCGGUAGCGAAUCAUUUGACGAUGAGAACUUCCAACUCAAGCACACCCACCCUGGGCUGCUGAGUAUGGCGAACUCUGGACCCAACAGCAAUGGCUCCCAAUUUUUCAUCCUGACCGCUGCUACACCACACCUGGACGGGAAGCAUGUCGUCUUUGGCGAGGUCCUGGAUGGCAUGGAUGUAAUUCGGAAGAUUGAAUCGACCAGAACUGGCCCAGGGGAUAAGCCGCUCAGUGAAGUUGUAAUUGCAGGUGCUGGUCAACUUGCAGGCGCAAAGCCAUUGGAAAGCUGA